GUGGGGCUGACAAGAAUAGACUACAUUAUGCAGUUCAUUUAGUUAACAAGUGAAAUAAUGGGGAAGCGUGCAGUGGGAAUGCCGAGAGAAAGGCACAAAACCCUAUUGAGAGCUCUUGGCCGCUUACAGCGUAACCGUCACAUGGCCGAACCGAGUCCACGGCAGCUAUUUAAAGAGAGGCUGUGCGCCUUCAGCACCACUUCGCUGUCCACAGUCCCGGAGAGAGCACGCUGACGCAACCAAACGAGCACGAACGACUUAAACUUUCGAGCACGCCGAGCAACAAGUUUGCAAACAUGCCGAGAUCUUUUCUCGUGGAUUCCUUGAUUUUAAGGGAGGCCAACGACAAAGGGAACGAGAACAACCCACCUUUAUUCCCGUACGCUGUGCACUCGCCGCAUCACGCGCACGGGCUGCCGGGCUCCUGCCACUCGAGGAAAGCCGGGCUUUUGUGCUUCUGCCCGCUGUGCAUGACCGCCUCCCAGCUCCAUCCAUCUCCACCGACGCUGCCGCUUCUCAAAGCAUCGUUUCCUCCCUUCACCUCACAGUACUGCCACUCGGCUCUGUCGAGGCAACACUCUUCAUCCAACAGCGUCAACCUCAGCCACGGACCGGGGAUAUACCAGGCUGCCUACUCGGUCCCAGACCCUCGACAGUUCCACUGCAUCUCCAUCGAAAACAGUAACGGCAAACUUCAGAGCAGCAAGCGCAUGCGCACCGCCUUCACCAGCACGCAACUUUUGGAGCUGGAGCGAGAGUUCACCUCCAACAUGUACCUCUCCAGACUGAGGCGCAUUGAGAUCGCCACGUACCUGAACUUGUCCGAGAAGCAGGUGAAAAUCUGGUUCCAGAACCGCAGAGUGAAGCACAAAAAGGAGGGAAAGAGCAGCGGCCAAAGGACUGGAUCACAUAACUGCAAAUGCUCGUCCCUGUCAACCGCCAGGUGCUCGGAGGAAGAGGACGAUGACAUUCCCAUAUCUCCUUCCUCGUCCGAAAAGGAAGAUGUGGACCUGUCCGUCUCCCCCUGAACGCCCCCCUCUUUGAUCCCCCCUUUCUGAAAGAUUUUGCUCCUGAUGAUUUUGAAUACAGCCAAAAACAAACAGACUGUUCCACUUGUGUUCAGUCGUCUGUACAUAGAGAGAGAAUAUUUUAAAAUCAGGGGACUGCCCUGAAUUAUUGUAUAGCUGUAUACAUGUUGUACGUUUUGUAUGUAGUUUUUUCUGAAAACAGUCACUUGUUGUUGCCAAUCCGAUGAAUAUGGUAGGCAUAUUUGUAAAGAUACCCCCCCCCCCCAAAAAAACCCCCAAACAAACAAUAGCAACAUUGUUAAUGAGUAUUUUGGGGAAGACAGUAUUUUGUACUAUACUUGGUAAAUACUGGUUAGAUUCAUUCUAUGUGGAUGGAACUGUGACUUAAAAUAUGGAAAGCUGGAGAGAAAUCCGCCGACACCACUCUGAAAUUAUAUCUUCAGUGUAAUUGAAAAAAAAAAUAUUUAUUUAUUUAAAAAUGUUCAUACUUAAAUAAAAAUAUUUCUGAGCGGUA